AUGGCGGCGGCCGGGCCGCACGCCGUUUCUUGUUACUUGUCUGCAUGCUCAUAUAACAGGAUACAAGAACUUGCAGAACCCAAGAAAGCGGCUUGUGCAAAUGAUCCCAGGCUUGUGUGGGGAAACCAAGAGACCAUCUGGACCCUCUCGCGGGGUGCUGUGACAGCUCAACCAUCCCCAAGAACAGUGGCACUGGCCAAGCCCAAGCGGGAUUUUGGCAAGCACCAGUGCAGCUGCAGACAGGAAUCAACGAUCUGUGAGCGUCCCCCACUAGUGAAUUUUGGCUUCCUUUCUGAUCGACUGCUGAAGUUGUCUGAACCUAAAAAAUACCAGGCUGCUUACCUGCAGCAAAGACCUUGCCAGUCCCCUGAGUGGCCCGUGUCGCCAGCUGCACUGAGCUACAAGGCCUCCCCGCGGAUCCUGGAGCUUGCCCGGCCAAAGGUGCUGCACCCAGAGUUCCUGUACGCCAGAGAGGUGCCAACACAGGUUACAAAUAUCGCGGCCGUGGUGAGAACAUCCUCGCGGUUACAGCGUCUUGCAGAGCCCCGGAUCUGGAAGGUGACCUGCUGCUGUGAGCUCAGCUUUCCUGAAUCUGUCAUCCAUCCGGUUUCCAAGUUCGCUCAGCAGGCAAUCGCAAGCCCUCGGACCCUGGAGCUGGCUAGGCCAAAAAGAUUGCAUCCUGACUAUAUGCCCCUGCGGGAUGCUGAGUGGCCAGUGACGAAGGCUGCGAAGCAUGCAGUGGCCACACCGAAGCUCGUGGAACUGGCCCAGCCUUGCAAAAGGCCUCCUGGGGGCUUGGCUCAAUUCAACCCAGAUGCCUUCACAGUGAAGGAGACUGCGAAGAAGGCAACUUGUUCUGCUCGGAUCCAAGACCUGGCUCGUCCAAUUAAGCGCUGAGCUCCCUCAGAAACACAGCCUGCUGCUCGUGCCAGCUGCCCCCAUCACCCCCUGGAACAUCACCCUCUCUGGGCUGUGCUGUGGCUGGAAAACCUACUCGACCACAGCGCAGAGGCAGCACCCAGCAGGAACACUUUCUUACGAGCAGCUGCUUUUAUUGGGCUUAUCUGUGGAGUUAAUAAAAUGGUCAUUCCUUAAGAACAAAAUAGUGACCAGGGGAAAUGAGCAGAAUUUGACCCGAUGUGGGAAGCGUCUCUCCAUAGGACGGCUUAUGUCUGGGGUUUAUCGCUCUUCUUAUUUUGUUGCUGUAAUAGCUAAAGAAGUAGUGAAACAACUGCCGGGGGAAGCCAGCACAGGAACUGUUCUUUCACAUAAACAAGUGUGGCAAACCAAAGCUGACGGUGCGCAGGAGGUUGAUGCAACACAACUCCUGACCUUGAGUUUCAAAAUUUUUUGCUAAAGUUUAGAGAUCUUAGUGACGCUCAAAGUUUUGUGCUUGUGACAGAAGUAGAAACACAAAAGGCUGCAAAAUUCCAGAUCCAGGGCUGGAUUUGAUAAGGUGCAAAUCUUUAGUACAGACUUUGGAAAUGCUGUGGUGGCAUCUGCGUUGAGUUGGCUUGAAUUUGGGGCUCGUUUUCUCACAUGCCUGCAGAAUGGGCAGAUCCAGACUUUUGCUUUACAUGCAUCUUUGAUACAAGUUACACAGGUGGGUUAAAUCUGUGUUGUUCAGAUAUCCAGUUGUGUGACCCUGGGCAGAAUAAUGGAGCCCUGCAUUGGAAGUUUUGGAGCCUAACUCAAAAAAGCAGAGUUCUCCUCAGUGUAAGGCAGAAGCCAUGUUGCAAAGAUUAAGAACAAAACAGGUAUCAGUGCCAGACUCUGCAGAACAAACCCUGGGCUCCAGUCGGGUCUGAGAGUGAGUCAGUUUGGCAGCUGGAUUGCAGGGGAACAACACAGCCUGUGUGGGACAUGGCACAGGGAGAUGGCUUUUAUCUCUUUCCUACGAGUUCAGUGUGCUUUGCACUGGCAACAUAACCACUGGUGAUGGGCUGGAGAUACUGAGGCAAAAGAGAUGCUCUCCAGCAAGGGACAAAAGUGAUAAAUGAAAGUACCGUUAAAGAAGAACAACCAAAAUAAGGAUUCUCCCAAGCAUGUGGCAGUUUCAGUGCCAGAGUAUCUUAAUCUUUCCUGUGUUAAUCUGAUUGUCCUUCCAAAGGAGUAGAGGCAGGUUACCACAAACCAGAAGAGGAUUAAUCAGAGGAUCCACUAAUUGAUUGAAUAAGCCACUAAGCAGAGGAUUUUGAACCCUUUUGAACAAGAUAAGGUCACUGGGUAAUGGUGCUGGUUAUUUUUUAGCUCGUUGCAUUGUCCUGUACCAGGAGGGAUGAGAGUUUGGGCUUUGUGCAAGAGCCCCAGCGCAGCUGUGUCCCUCAGCCUUGAGAAUGGCCUGAAGGAGGCUGGGGUCUGGCCCCCCCACCCUGCGGGGGAACCCCAGCACCACCAGCCUCUGCCACCUCCAGGCUUGGAGUGUGCAUGGGGCUCUGUGGGCUGCCAGGGAUGGGCCUGUGGGUGCACUAGAAGAGGAGGUUGCCUA